UCCAUCAAUCCAAAAAACCCUAGGUAUAAAUUGCCCUCUGCUAUCGGAGUAUAUAGCCGAAGCUCAAGUUUUCAUCAUCUCUUACCUCAUAAAACCCUAAGAGGAGCAGAGCCCGCCGAGUGUCGGAUCCUUGAUCUCUGCACAUUAAUCACCAGAAAUGAAGAUUAUCGCUGCUUACUUGUUGGCCUGUUUGGGUGGCAACACCUCCCCCACAGCCGAUUACUUGAAGGAUGUCCUUGCCUCAGUGGGAGCUGAGGCUGAUGAUGAGAGAAUUGAAUUGCUGUUAUCUCAAGUUCAGGGCAAAGAUAUAACUGAACUAAUUGCUGCUGGAAGAGAAAAGUUGGCUUCAGUCCCAUCAGGUGGUGGAGCGGUUGCCGUUGCUGCACCUGCUGCUGGUGGAGGUGGCGGCACUGCACCCGCUGCUGCUGAAACAAAGAAAGAGGAGAAAGUCGAAGAGAAAGAGGAGUCCGACGAUGAAUUGGGCUUCGGUCUGUUCGACGACUAAGAACAGUUUUAGAUGUCCUUUUGUACGAAACACCUCUGCAACUUACAACACCAUGUUCAUUUUAGAAGAUUUUCCAUCUGUCUACGUUUUCGGCAUGAAUUUUUAGUUUUGGGUUUCAGAAUUUUAUUUCCUAAACUAGUUGAGGAAGACGUUGAAGAUAUAAUAUUCUUAAUUCGGAGUUUCUUUAUCUUAUAUUUUGUAUUGUUUUAGGUGUUCUACGUGAUUAAAUUCUUAGCACAGUAAGCUCUUGCAUCUUCUCGAGUAAAAGACGUGCUUAUUCGA